AUACCAAUUCCAACCAGUCUAGUUGAUGAUAAACAUAAAAACAAAGUAAAACCGAAGCUCGAUGACAUUACUUCUGAGGUACCAAUUCCAACCAGUGUAGUUGAUGAUAAACAUAAAAACAAAGUAAAACCGAAGCUUGAUGACAUCACCUCUGAGAUACCUAUCCCAACCAGUCUAGUUGAUGAUAAACAUAAAAACAAAGUAAAACCGAAGCUCGAUGACAUUACUUCUGAGAUACCAAUUCCAACCAGUCUAGUUGAUGAUAAACAUAAAAACAAAGUAAAACCAAAGCUCAGUGACAUCACCUCUGAGAUACCAAUCCCAACUAGUCUAGUUGACGGUAAACAUAAAAACAAAGUAAAACCGAAGCUCGAUGACAUUACUUCUGAGAUACCGACUCCAACCAGUUUAGUUGAUGAUAAACCAGAUAAAAACAAAGUAAAAACGAAGCUCGACGAUGAUGAUAAAAACAAAAUAAAAACGAAGUCCGAUGACUUCACUUCUAGUUUGAUACCAACUCCAACCAGUCUUGUUGAUGAUAAACCGGAGAAAACCAAAGUUGAACCUAUAAAAACGAAGCCCGUUGACAUCACCACUUCCAUUUUGACACCAAACCCAAUAAGUACAGUUCAAAAUAUACCCGAGAAAACUUUUCUUGUUAGCACGAAGGUCGAUGACAAUCCAACAAGUCAUGACAAUGAUUUUCAAAUAUCACAACCAACAUCAACAACGAGUCUAGAUUUUACAACUAGUGAAAGUGGUUUUAUAACUAGUGAUAGCCUUUCAUCUCUUUAUUUUACUUCAGUUAUUCUUAAUAAUAAUAAAACCACAACUCUCAUAGGAUUAAAUGGUAAACAAAAUAAGCCAAGUGGUAAUGAUGAGAGAGAAACCCUAUUUUCCGAAACACCAUCACCAACAACAACUCCGACCGAGAAAACAAUCCCAAAUAACCCAUUUGAUCCUCGUUCACCUUAUAGAAUCUCUGCUAUAAUAGGCACAACCAUAGCAAUAUUUAUAGUAUUGUGCGCCCUGAUAUUUUUAAUAAAGAAAACUGUUUUUGUUGGCAAAAUAAAUAAAGGAUAUCAACGCCAUUCUGAGAAUGAAGCAUCGAAUACAAAUAUGACGACAGCCAACAACAACGCUGAGUUGCCCCUGAGGCAUUCAACAUUAUUAAUUCCACAUAUUGGUCAAUUGGUUGAUAUAAAUUUAAAUGAUAUAGUCGAACAAAAUAUGAUUGAAGCAUCUAAUGAUUCUGAAUCAGCAAAUGAAUCAAGAGAAAAUAAUGAAGUAACAGGAGGACAUGUUAGAUUAAAUAUUUAUGAUUAA